AUGCGGUUUUUUAGAAAGUGCCAUAAGAAAUUUCACCAACUAACACCACCUCUUCAGGAGCUCAAUAAGGUCAUGAACUCGCUUAAAGUUGCUCAGCUGAAAAAUGUGUGUCGAAGCUUUGGACUCACCAUGACCGGCAAAAAGGCUGAGCUUGUGGAUAAGCUGGCCUUUUUUGUCAAUGACACUCACAAUCUGGAUCCACAGGAGUAUGCGUUGAAGUUGAUAAUGGUCAAGAAUGUCUUCAUGUAUGCGGAGAUGGACAUUCCUGAUAUCCCCUCUCUUGCAUGGCUGCGGACUCUGCUAUACGAAGGAACUCGUAAGAUACGACCUGAUAAUCUUGCUAUUGUGCCUGCAAACGAAGUCCCGUCUUCAAACAUCUACGGCGGUAGUAAUGCUGCUGCCGACGUCCACCCAGGAUCAAACCAAAUAUCUGUCAGAAAGACCACUUCGUCUGGCCAACGCUACCACAUCUACUUCACCCAAAGCCCAUUUUUCAAGCUUUCCAAGCUCAUGUGCCCGCCUAUAUCUCUGGACAGGCUUUCCAAGAACCGCAUGCAUCAAAGAAUCGACCUGAUGGUCACAGAAGCGGACUUUCUCGGUAUUCAAAGUCAGCAAUACAAGAUCUUCUUCUAUUCUGGAGAAGUGCUACCUAAUGUUAUGGUGAGAGAUUCAGCUGCGGUUGAGUAUCCUGGUCAUUUUGCAAUUCACGUCAAUGGUACAGAUGUUACCACGACAAUAGGCGGUUUGAAAAACAAAGUUGGUACUUUCAAGCCUGCGGACUUGACAAAAGGGAUCAAGCAGGGCCACAACGACAUAAGCUACUACUAUGGAGCUACAUCGAAAAGAUAUCUUUUCUAUAUACACAAAGUUGAAGUUCUACCCUUCGACGUGGUCGCGAAGCAAGUCAUAGACAGGCCGCAUAUAAGCAAACUGGCCGAUCUACAGAUCCUCAAGGGAGACGAUGAAGACGAUGAUGAUUUGAUUAUUGAAGGAGCAGAGAUUGUCACGCUAAAAUGUCCAAUUACUAUGGCCAAGAUGAAGGUUCCAGCCAAAUCCAUAAAGUGCAAUCAUCUUGCUUGCUUUGACCUCACCUCGUUCUUGCAGCUCCAGUUCCAAUCGCCUAGGUGGAACUGUACCGUCUGCGGCUCCCCCAUCACUUUCAAUGACCUAGCUGUUGAUGAUUUUUUCAAAGAGAUUGCUGCUUCUACGGAUGAAGACACAGAGUUUAUAGAGCUUGAACGGGACGGAUCGUGGAGACCAAAGAAGGAGGAGAUCAAGGCGGAAGCCUCUAAAGAAGAAAUUCAUAAAGAGCAGCUAGUUGAUGUGAAGCCUCAAACCAAACCUCCGUUUUUGACACUGGCGUCGGCAUCGUCGCCCUCGAGAGAGUCUCAGCAGCCCAGGGACGUGAUUGUCAUUCUCAGCGAUUCUGAUGAUGACGAGCCUGAGCCGUUGCCUAUUCCUCCGAGAUCAAACCAGCCGCGUGGUCAAAAGAGACAAGCUGAGUCUGAGCCAAAUAGCGGUGAUAAUAGCGAUACCAGUUUCCAAUUCGAGGACGCUGGACUGGCUGAUUUGUUUGAGAGCGAUCUGUCUUCUGAUGAGAACUCUGAGAGUCUAGCACAGAUGAUGUCCAGACAUUCUGGAGAGGUCACCCAAGACCAGGAAGAUUCUAUUGUGGUACCUAGUCAUACUCAUGCUAUGAGGGUUGAUUCAGAGUCACCUGUCCAAACUCCAGACGUUCAGGUCUCUUCAGACCAGAUUUCUUCGCUCAACGCCUUGCAAGCUCCACAAGCCCAGGCUGUUUCUGAUCCGACUCGACCUGAAGUUUCAGGUUCACUAGACCCGCAACCUCAAACACAACUCGAGGCUUUGGUCCCGGCAGAUCUAAUUGCUACUGACGAAAUCACCAUGACCGAUAGCGGACUGGAAACGGAACCUACACAGAAAAACACCGAACCUUCGACUACUGUUCAGAGAGAAUCUUCUGAUUCUCCAACUACGGCUGUUUCAUCUCCAGGUCAAUUUUUCAGUCCUUCGCGGUCUCAGAAUGAACUCCAUACACAGCUACAACCAGGCGUUGUAUCUGAAUCUGCGACUCGAUCUGGCUCGAACAUUCGUCCACUUUCUUCCAGUGGUUUCCGAAACGCUUCAGCUUCUCCCCUGCCACCUCCGCCUUAUCCCCCUCCUUCGUCUCUCGCGGAGAGAAGACUUCCAAUGAAUAACCAUGGUUUGCCGACUUCGGUCAAGAGAUCCCACUCCUCUAUGGAGGUUGAAAACAACAAGAUAAGGAGAAUUGGCGAGAUUCAAAUCCCAUCUUGGAUUCACAGUUUACAUCAUUCAAGUCAGGAUCAAGGACAUAGCUCUAACGGAACAGAUGGAUAUUCUGGGGAACCUCUCCAAAAUCGCAGAGACGUCGUUGCACAGACAUCUCGCCCUGUCCCUAACACCAACAUGGACAGCCCCUUUACUGUUGAACAAGUUUACCAAGUGGUUCCCCCAGCAUCUUCCAACCCUCUGGGACUGUGUAGGGAAGCCAUAGGGCUUAGGGAGGAAUGGAUGAGCAAGCAGAGGUCAACAUUGCAUCCGUUGGGACAGAUUGGCCCACAAACCGAGGAAGGGCUACAAAAGGCGAUAAACAGGACUUCUGAGCCAGCUUUUGAGGCUGCUGCUGCUGCUGCUGCUGAUGUGUCUUUGCCAACACCGCCCCCGAGGGAGCCUGAUACACAGACAGCACAUGCUGCUCAACAGGUCCUCCCAAAAGCUGUAAACCCGUGGUUGUCGGCAUUCCCCAACUUCAUGAAAGGAGACGCUUUUCUCAUGAGAGACGAUGAAUCGAACGGAAAUGAGGAGGUAACGACUACAAACGGGGAAACCGACGGAACGAAAGGUCAAAAGCAGGGAAUGCCAGAACUUUCAGCAUCCAGCUCAAUGGAGACACCUCUGUUUCUGACUGAAAGUGACACUCCUUUGCACAAGCCGGAACAACCAGAGGCGAUUCCCGAGACACGAGUGACGAUUCCAUCGUGGUCUUCGCAAAACGUUUUAAGAGUAUUGCCUAAUCCAGAGAAUCUAAACGUGGCCAACAUUGACGAUGAAGAUUGA